AUGACGGCCCCUGCUCAGCCCAAGAAAAUCGUGGCCCCUACGGUGUCCCAGAUCAACGCGGAGUUCGUGACCCAGUUAGCAUGUAAAUACUGGGCUCCCCAUAUCAAGAAAAAAUCACCUUUUGAUAUAAAGGUGAUUGAAGAUAUAUAUGAGAAAGAAAUUGUCAAAUCAAGGUUUGCCAUCAGAAAGAUAAUGCUCUUGGAAUUUAGCCAGUAUCUUGAAAAUUACCUCUGGAUGAAUUAUUCUCCAGAAGUGUCCAGCAAAGCCUAUUUAAUGUCAAUCUGCUGUAUGGUGAAUGAGAAGUUCAGAGAAAAUGUCCCUGCAUGGGAGACUUUUAAGAAGAAGCCAGAUGACUUCCCAUUCUUUUUCAAGUGUAUCUUGAAAGCAGCAUUAGCUGAAACUGAUGGUGAAUUUUCACUCCAUGAACAGACAGUCUUAUUGCUUUUUCUUGAUCAUUGCUUCAAUAGUUUGGAAGUAGACUUGAUACGGAGUCAAGUACAGCAGCUUAUCUCCCUCCCAAUGUGGAUGGGCUUACAGCCUGCACGAUUGGAAUUAGAAUUAAAAAAGACACCUAAACUAAGAAAAUUCUGGAACUUGAUUAAAAAGAAUGAUGAAAAGAUGGAUCCAGAAGCAAGAGAACAAGCCUAUCAAGAAAGAAGAUUUCUUUCACAGCUCAUCCAGAAGUUUAUCUCUGUGCUGAAAUCAGUUCCACUUUCUGAACCUGUCACUAUGGACAAAGUUCAUUAUUGUGAAAGAUUUAUUGAACUUAUGAUUGAUCUAGAGGCCCUACUCCCCACAAGACGCUGGUUUAAUACCAUCCUGGAUGACUCUCACCUUUUGGUUCACUGUUACCUUUCCAAUCUUGUUCGUAGAGAAGAGGAUGGCCAUCUUUUUUCCCAGCUUUUGGACAUGCUUAAGUUCUAUACUGGUUUUGAGAUUAAUGAUCAGACUGGAAAUGCUCUGACAGAGAAUGAGAUGACUACGAUUCACUAUGAUAGAAUUACUUCUCUACAGAGAGCUGCUUUUGCACAUUUCCCUGAACUCUAUGAUUUUGCCCUCUCAAAUGUUGCAGAAGUAGAUACUCGGGAAUCCUUGAUCAAGUUUUUUGGACCCCUUAGUUCAAAUACACUCCACCAGGUGGCAUCAUACCUCUGCUUGUUACCAACUCUUCCUAAAGGUGAAGACACGACUUUUGAUAAAGAAUUUCUUCUAGAAUUGUUGGUAUCUCGUCAUGAGCGUCGAAUUUCUCAGAUUCAGCAGUUGAAUCAGAUGCCUUUGUAUCCAACCGAGAAAAUCAUAUGGGAUGAAAAUAUUGUCCCAACUGAGUACUAUUCUGGGGAAGGUUGUCUUGCUCUUCCCAAGUUGAAUUUGCAGUUUUUGACUCUUCAUGAUUACCUCCUAAGGAACUUUAAUCUCUUCCGCUUAGAAUCAACUUACGAAAUUAGGCAGGACAUCGAGGAUAGUGUCAGCAGAAUGAAGCCAUGGCAGUCUGAGUAUGGCGGGGUGGUAUUCGGUGGCUGGGCGCGAAUGGCCCAGCCCAUCGUGGCGUUCACCGUGGUGGAGGUUGCCAAACCCAGCAUAGGCGAGAACUGGCCAACCCGGGUUCGCGCAGAUGUCAGCAUCCAUCUGAACGUCAGAGACCACAUCAGAGAUGAGUGGGAAGGACUUCGGAAGCAUGAUGUAUGCUUUUUAAUUACCGUACGUCCCACAAAACCUUAUGGUACCAAGUUUGACCGGAGGAGACCUUUUGUUGAGCAGGUUGGCCUGGUUUAUGUCAGAGGCUGUGAGGUCCAGGGCAUGCUGGAUGAUAAAGGGCGUGUCAUUGAAGACGGACCUGAACCCAGACCCAAUCUUAGAGGAGAAUCAAGGACAUUUAGAGUGUUUUUGGAUCCAAACCAGUAUCAACAAGAUAUGACCAAUACAAUACAAAAUGGAGCAGAAGAUGUGUAUGAAACUUUCAAUAUAAUAAUGCGGAGAAAACCGAAGGAAAAUAACUUUAAGGCUGUGCUGGAGACUAUUCGGAACCUGAUGAAUACUGAUUGUGUGGUACCUGACUGGCUGCAUGACAUCAUUUUAGGUUAUGGGGAUCCAAGUAGUGCACAUUAUUCCAAAAUGCCCAAUCAGAUCGCCACCCUUGAUUUCAAUGAUACAUUUUUCUCCAUUGAGCAUUUAAAAACCAGCUUUCCUGGUCAUAAUGUUAAAGUAACUGUGGAUGACCCAGCUCUACAGAUACCCCCUUUCAGGAUAACUUUUCCAGUAAGAAAUGGAAAGGGGAAGAAAAGGAAAGAUGCAGAGAAGGAAGAUGAAGACACUGAAGAGGCAAAAACCUUAAUUGUUGAACCUCAUGUUAUUCCUAAUAGAGGUCCUUAUCCUUACAACCAGCCCAAACGGAAUACAAUUCAGUUCACUCAUACACAGAUAGAGGCCAUCCGUGCUGGAAUGCAGCCUGGGCUAACUAUGGUUGUGGGCCCACCAGGUACAGGAAAAACAGAUGUGGCAGUCCAAAUCAUAUCCAACAUCUACCACAAUUUCCCAGAGCAGAGGACUCUGAUUGUUACUCAUUCCAAUCAGGCCCUGAACCAGUUGUUUGAGAAAAUCAUGGCUUUAGACAUUGACGAGCGUCACCUCCUGCGUCUUGGUCAUGGAGAAGAAGAGCUGGAGACGGAGAAAGAUUUCAGCAGGUAUGGAAGAGUUAAUUAUGUCCUAGCUCGAAGAAUAGAGCUUUUAGAAGAAGUCAAACGAUUGCAGAAGAGUCUAGGGGUUCCAGGAGAUGCUUCGUAUACUUGUGAAACUGCAGGCUAUUUCUUCUUAUAUCAGGUAAUGUCUCGUUGGGAAGAGUAUAUCAGCAAAGUGAAAAAUAAAGGUAACACGUUGCCAGAUGUUACUGAAGUCUCCACUUUCUUCCCUUUUCAUGAGUACUUUGCAAAUGCCCCUCAACCCAUUUUUAAAGGCCGAUCUUAUGAAGAAGACAUGGAAAUUGCUGAAGGAUGUUUCAGGCAUAUUAAGAAAAUCUUUACUCAGCUUGAGGAGUUUAGAGCCUCCGAACUGCUUCGAAGUGGACUAGACAGAUCUAAAUACCUUUUGGUGAAAGAAGCCAAAAUCAUUGCUAUGACCUGUACUCAUGCUGCCUUAAAACGACAUGAUUUAGUCAAGUUAGGCUUCAAGUAUGACAACAUUUUAAUGGAAGAGGCUGCUCAGAUUCUGGAGAUAGAAACUUUUAUACCUCUUCUUCUACAGAAUCCUCAGGAUGGUUUUAGCCGACUAAAACGUUGGAUUAUGAUUGGUGAUCAUCACCAGUUACCUCCAGUUAUUAAGAACAUGGCCUUUCAGAAGUAUUCAAACAUGGAGCAAUCUCUCUUCACUCGCUUUGUCAGAGUUGGAGUUCCUACUGUGGACCUCGAUGCCCAAGGGAGGGCCAGAGCAAGCUUAUGCAACCUCUACAACUGGCGUUACAAGAAUCUAGGAAACUUACCCCAUGUGCAGCUCUUGCCGGAGUUUAGUACAGCAAAUGCCGGCUUGCUUUAUGACUUCCAGCUCAUUAAUGUUGAAGAUUUUCAGGGAGUUGGAGAAUCUGAGCCUAAUCCUUACUUUUAUCAGAAUCUUGGAGAGGCAGAAUACGUAGUGGCACUUUUUAUGUACAUGUGCUUACUUGGUUACCCUGCUGACAAGAUUAGCAUUCUAACAACAUAUAAUGGACAAAAGCAUCUUAUUCGUGACAUCAUCAAUAGACGAUGCGGGAGCAAUCCAUUGAUUGGAAGACCAAAUAAGGUGACAACCGUUGACAGAUUUCAAGGUCAACAGAAUGAUUAUAUUCUUCUUUCUCUAGUACGAACGAGGGCAGUGGGCCAUCUGAGGGAUGUCCGUCGCUUAGUGGUGGCCAUGUCUAGAGCCAGACUUGGACUUUAUAUCUUCGCCAGAGUAUCCCUCUUCCAAAACUGUUUUGAACUAACUCCAGCUUUCAGCCAGCUCACAGCCCGCCCACUUCAUUUGCAUAUAAUUCCAACAGAACCUUUCCCAACCAGUAGAAAGAAUGGAGAGAGACCAUCUCAUGAAGUACAGAUAAUAAAGAAUAUGCCCCAGAUGGCAAACUUUGUAUACAACAUGUAUAUGCAUUUGAUACAGACCACACAUCAUUAUCAUCAGACUUUAUUACAGCUACCACCUGCUAUGCUAGAAGAAGGUGAAGAAGUUCAAAGUCAGGAAACAGAAUUGGAAACAGAGGAAGAGGCCACGCCUGCUCAAGCUGACAUUGUACCUAGUCUAACAGAUACCAGCUCCAGUCAAGAAACCUCAGCCUCUCAGACUGAGACCAUCCCCAGUCACACAGGAGACAGCUCCAGUUCAGAGGCCAUCCCUACUGAAUCCGAGAUCACUGCUACUGUGGCAGAACCUGUAGCUGUACCAGCGGAGAAUAACACCCCUCAAGAUGCCACAUCCGUCCCCAGAGAAACCAAGUAGCCAAACUGUAGCCCUUCUUAGGGAGGACAUUUCAUUUAUAAAGUCUAGGAAGAAGACAACAACCCUUAUCACGGGACACAGAGAUGAUGCUGUGAAAUGAGUCUGCAAAAAAAAACCCUUACUAAAAUGACCCUUAUCUUCCAUUAAUUUCCCCGUGUAUUUACUUUCCCACAAUCUACCACCCCUAAAAGCCCAAACUCCCCCCCCUUUUUUUUGCCUAUUCUCCAUAAUUUAUUGUCCUUUGUUAAAAUGAUAUAUAAGCUUCAAAGCCUAACAGUUUUGGGGGGAGUUUUUACUUUUCUGUGUAGCCCCCUGGAAGUAAAGUUAAAAACAUCAAUUAAAUUUGCAUGCUGUUUCUCCUAUUAAUUUGUCUUUUGACAGUUUAAUUCACAGGCCCCAGGUACAGACCUAAGAAGGUAAAGUCUUCCCUCCCCUACAAAAAUAAGACUUUAAUACAUCGUUUUUCCAUUAAGUAACCAGAGGCUAAAGUAGCAUAGCUGAAGAAGAACGUAGAGGUGAAGUGAUUUGGACAAAAUGUCAUAUUAUAGUGUAAUUAACUGUUGAGUGUCACAUGGUAUUAAUAGCAACAUCCUGAAAAUACAAAUGAAUAAAAGUUUGAUCAAUGUACCAUGACAUUCGUUCGUGUGAGCCUUCUAAGAAAAGGUCCCUGAGCAUUCUCUGUUUACAUUUUAAUUUUAGAGUCCAGGAUUUCACACUAACCUUUUCUCAUUUCUUACUGUGCAGUAAAAGGACAGUCCGUAUUUCCAGUGUGUCUUGUUUUCUCAGCUCUCUAAAUGUUUGUUUUCUUUAAAAGUCUGUUUCAGAAGGGGAAAAGAUUUAGCAUGGUAAAUAGGGGUGGACAAGAAAUAAUAGAAGAAAAUUUAGGCAAAUAUGAAGAAAAUUUCCUUAAAGAAGAAUGUAAGAUAAAGGACCCCAAAAGUUACCUUGCAUAGGACAUGUUGAAUUCUCUCUUGGUUGAUCUCCAGAGAUAAUGGUCCCCACCAUCCUCUUUCUCUCUAUCUUUGACUUACGUCGUACAUUCACACAACACUCUUCUUGCAGUAAAUCUAAGUGCAAGAACCUCAGUGGUAGCUGCUUCUCCUUGGGAGAUACCUUGUUUAAUAUAAAUGUCUCUUUUGAGAAACUGAUUUUAUUGACCUUUUUAAAAAAGUCAAGAGUUCUUGAUAGGAAGUGGUCGUAUAAAAUAUUAUCUUUUUCUACUCUCAUUCAUUGGUUCAUUUUGAGGGGAGUUUUCUUCUGGUUUUUAGUUCAGUUAUUUACAAUAAAUGUGGUUACUGUAUUAUGGUAUUUUCAUUACCCAUUUUAAUCUUCUAGUAGCACUUUCCAGUGCUGAUUUCUUCUAUAAUCCCAGACUUCCCCAAGAAUAGUAGUGGAACAAGAAUAGAGCUAGUUAAUUUGCAUUUUAUUUUGCUGGUUGACUACUUUUCACAGAAGUGAAUUGAAUUAAAAAUAGUAAAAAGUUGGGGCUUCCCUGGUGGCGCAGUGGUUGGGAGUCCACCUGCCUAUGCAGGGGACACUGGUUCGUGCCCCGGUCUGGGAGGAUCCCACAUGCUACGGAGCUGCUGGGCCUGUGAGUCAUGGCUGCUGAGCCUGCGAGUCCAGAGCCUGUGCUCUGCAAUGAGAGAGGCCACAACAGUGAGAGGCCCGCGUACUGCGGAAAAAAAAAAAAAAUAGUAAAAAGUUGGAAGGUGUCUUUGAAACGAUCUAAUUCUUUUGCAUUCAUAGACUGAGUACCUACUGUAUGUCAGGCAACAAUGCCAUAGUUCAUAGGUGAGAACACUGAGGCAUUGGGUUGUUUGCCUAGGACACUAUGGUUAGUUGAACUGGGACCAGAACCACCAUCUGACAUUCAGGCAAAUUCCUUACCUUGCUGUUCUUUAAACUUAUUUGCUUGAAACAAAUCAAAGUGGAAGGAGCAACACUUAAUAUUUCACAGAUGAGUAAGAGAAGCCUACUAAAGAAUUCCUCUCAGGUUUAGAAUACCAGAGAGGAGACCAGGUUGCCAAAAUCAGGAUAGGAAAUAAGAGGUCUAUGAAAAAAUAUGCUUUAAUGUUACAGUGCUUAUACUUACAGGUGAAAGCCAAAUUAAUACUUGUUUUGGAUUGAAAAAGGUAUGAGAAACAUAUAAUGAGGAGGGGCUAUAGUAAGUAGUAUUUAAGUGCCAAAAUGUGAAUUAUCCUAACGCUGUUUUAGUUUUAGGCAAAGUCAGAACAGUUUAAAUAACAACAGUUUUAAACGAAUGUAAUAUAUGA